UCGAUGCUUUGGUCGAGCCGCUACGUUUCACUCCAAUUCGGCUCAAGUUUUUCGGGCGAGUUUCACAGAAAAUAGUUGGAAUAAGCGACAUAAGAAUGGAACCUUCGACAGUCCGGCUGUGCUUCGGGGUCUUGAGCCUGUUUCUCGGUUGUGCCUGUGGUUUGGAGAUCACAACUACUGGGCCAGCAUCCAUAGAGAAGGCCAGUGGUCAGAGUGUGAAACUGGACUGUCAGUUCACUCUGGCACCUGAAGACUCUGGGCCACUCGAUAUUGAAUGGAGCUUGCUGGCCUCUGACAACCAGAAACAAGACAUAGAGAUAAUUCUGUACUCGGGUGACCGGGCCUAUGAGGACUACUAUCCUCCUAUGAAGGGCCGAGUCCACUUCAACUCGGCCGAUCCUAAGAACGGUGACGCCUCCAUCAUCUUGUCAGGGUUGAUGUCGUCGGACUCGGGCACCUACCAGUGUAAAGUGAAGAAGGCUCCUGGUAUUCGCAGUAGGAAGAUGCUCCUGAUUGUAAUGGUGAAGCCAUCGAAGCCCCGAUGCUAUGCUGAAGGCCCCACAUAUGAGGGCAAAGACCUUGUGCUGAGGUGCAUGUCUAAUGAGGGCACCAGCCCCUUGAAGUACACCUGGGAGAAGAUUAGUGGCACUAACCUCUUGCCUGCCUCUUCUGUGCAGGAUCCAGUGGCAGGCACCAUUAACGUGAGAAAUGCAUCUUCCAGCGCAUCUGGUAACUACCACUGCACUGUCAGUAACAAUGUUGGUACUGAGGAAUGUGUACUGCAUCUAAACGUGACGCCUCCACCAAACACUGUAGGCAUCAUCGUUGGAUCCAUAAUUGCUGUACUAUUGAUUCUCCUCAUUAUUGCCAUCAUCAUCUUUUGCUGUUGCCGUGCUCAUCAGAAGAAGAAGUACGAGAAGGAAAUCUGCAAUGAGAUAAGAGAGGACGUUCCUCCUCCAAAGAGUCGCGUUUCAACAGCACGCAGCUUCACCGUGGGCAGCCAGCGCUCCUCCCUGGGCUCCAUGUCGCCCUCCAACCUGCAUGAGUACGCCCUGAAGCCUCAAUAUGACAAGAUUCCCUCAUCAGAGGAAUACGAACGGCCUCCAAGCCAUGUUGCUGUGCCUCCACCCACAGCGCCCAGGAUGAUCGGCCCCAACCUCAGCCGCAUGGGGGCUGUCCCUGUAAUGGUGCCUGCCCAGAACAGGGACGGCUCCAUUGUGUAGCCCGCCCUCCUCCUGGAAUGGGACCAUGCAGAUCAGAGUGGAACCUGGGGAGGGACACAAACCAAUGAAGGAGUGAGAGCUGGGAGACCUUAGGUCUUUGUUAUUUACUUAUGGAGUAGACUCCGCUGAUGAAGACCCGGGUGUGGUGUUGAGUGCACCAGACUCGUGGCACAUUAACAUUUUAUUGGACACAAACACAAUGAAUUUUUCUCGCUGGACUUUUCUCUUAGGAACAUGAAUUGGUGUGGAUAUCCAGCAGAAUGCUUCUUGUACAAAUUAUAUUGUACAUAAAUAAAAGCAUGUUUUUGUUUUUAAUAUAGACGAAUCAUGCUGUAGAGUUACUUUGUGUUCAGAAUCGGUCCAGGCCUCUGAUUGGUCGUCUGUGUGUAUGCAUGCGUCUUGUGUAUUAAACUGCAGCUGUGUAUGUGAAUGUACGUGUGAGUGGCACUGAAAAUGUAUAAAUCAGUUACUGUCCUCAGCGAAAUACCGACACAAGGCAGUUAAAUAAUUCAACGUUAAAAAUAGAAAAUGUUCUGAUUGUCUGGAAAUGGAUAAAGAAAAUCUAUUUCUUUUCAAAUCUGAACUUAUCUUGGCAUAAGUUAUGUGGAUCAGCUGUUUUAUUUCGAAUUGUCCCGUCUGCGUUUGGGAUUGGCUGGUGCUUGGGAGGGUCCUCCUUGUGAUUGGAUGAAAUUUUGCUUCUUGGUUCUCAGUUCUCCAUCCCCCAUCUCUUCUCCCCUGCAUGUUGAGACGUUUGGGGGCAGCUGGACAGUAGGGGUGACUGAGCAAUCAUGUCUGAUUGUUUGACCGUUUAUAACCACCCAGACGUCUAAGCCCCCCCAAAAGCACACAGUCCUUCUCAGUAGGAUGGCCACAUCAUCUACUCCUCAUUUCUUCUUUGUGGUAUCGGUCACGCAGCUUCAUUUACAGCUGAGUUACAGGAAGCUUGAUUAAUCUUUCUGUGCUCAAGAAGCCUCCUGUACCAUUAAUGGGACUGUUUAAUCAAUGUCCCACACUUAAUAGCCACUAAACAUGCACGCUGUUAUUUUUGUGCACUAGAUUCUAAUGGCUGUUGUCCUGCUCGCUAUCAAUGAUGCAGGGUAUCGCAAGCCUUCAUGUGUGUUUGGACAAAAUAACUCUGAAACUGGUGAGCAGAUUUUCACUAAACUUGGUCGGGAUGCUGCAUUGAGAUGAUUAACUGUUGUAGCUGAUGGGUCAAAAGUCAUCAAAAAUAUACUCUGUAAAACACAUUUUCUAGGGUAUUUUUGCAACCAGUAGAGCUAGAGAUGAUGUCAAAUUCAUAUCAAUUGGUAAAUCAUUUGUAAUAUAACAGUAAGGUUAUGAUGUUGUGAUUCAAAAUAUUACGUAGUGCAGUAUUUAUUAUCUGCGCUCACAGGGUCAUCAUCUCUACUUUUCAUUUUACCUCCUUUUGCUCAUUUUGAUUUUUAGUACACUUCUUCUGCAGUGACUUGGUGGCCACCUGAUUGGCUCGUUGCAUAUCUCCAUUAUGGAGCAGCUGUACCUAAUCUAUUGGCUCAUACCCACCAUUUUAAUGUCUUGACCUUUUUUCGUUGCGGUGUUGUCGGGAAUUCAGUUCACUGCUUUGUGAGUGUUUCCCCCCAUAACACGUUAAAGAUGAAAUUCGGCUUAUUUUUAUCCUCUUGGUUGUGAUGUCAUAGUUGCUGGGUUUGAGACCUACAACCUUGUCAUCGUGACGGGGACAGGAACCAGUUUUAAUGUCCAGGCAUGGCGCUGUGCUGCGACAUGGCUUCUGCAGAUUUUUUUUUUUUUUUUUUUUUUUUUGCACCUACUGCAGUUCUGGUUCUUUUUGCAAUAUGUUUUCCAAUAAAUAAAAUCUCUUUUUGUUCGCUCGGCCCGUGUCUGUUCCAUCAGCUUGCUUGUGCAGUUUUUACAGAUAAUUCAUUCUUCCGGGAAUGAAGUUAGUUUCAUUGCUUGGUAAAUGUUUGAAAACAAAUCAAGUCAUUUGCAAGUAAAACAGCGAGCAGGCUAACAGGUUCUUUUUACUCCACUGCCUUCAUUUCCUCCUGUUUUUUAGCCUUGUCCUCUGCACAGACGUCUAUGUGCCUUGUCCUCACUGAAUUGUUGCAGCACUUCCAUCAUUGCACCACGUCAUCUCCACAGAUGUGCUCGUCACUCUACCGGUCUGUUGACCGAUAACCGGCGUCCUGACCUUAUCGAUCCUACGUGAGCUUGUUGAUUUGUUUUUCUGUUGCCUCAGUUAAGCUUAGUUUGUGUUGCCCCACAAACACUCGCCUCGUGCGUGUACAGCUUCACAGAAGCAAACAUCACUGUCUUAAAGCUUUUAUUUGCUACUCAGUGUUUUUAUUUGAAGGACUGUAUUUGAUUUUUUUCUUAUGUGCAUCUUGAUGAAGUAGCUCUGUCUAAUCACACAGUGGAUGAUGUAUGUUUGUGUACAUGUCAUUCUACAUACAACAUGACCACCGCAGCAGUGUAUGUUUUAUCAGUACAAUGUAAAUCCUCCUUGUAGAUCACAAUGUGCAACAUUUUCUGCAUGUGUGCGUGCGAACGUCCGCCAGCACUGAAACUAUUGGUCAGUAAUGGAAACUUAAUCUUCCACUGUUCCUAGGAUUUGGAGAAGUCUAUGAAUGUACCCUGUAAAAUAUGGUGCGUGCAUAAGUCCCACUCCCUCCAGAUUUUUAACACCAUAACUCAAUAAAUGCUACCAUUUUGUAACUCACUGUGUUAAAAGGGCACAUAAUUUGGAUAAACUGAUUAAGAUAUGGUUAAGUUUGUUGCACCAGAUCAACCCAAAAACCAACCCUGUUUGACUUGCAUCAUAUCACCUUGAUGUGUCUGCCACCUGCUGGAUGGUUGGUGGACACUAGGACCAGGAGUGGUUGGACCUGGAUGCAGCUUGCCAGUUUGUUUCAUUUCCGAAGUCUACAGCCACUGCUGAUGGUUUUUGUUUUCCCCACCAUUGCUAAAGUUGGAAUUGAUCAAAUUUGGACUUCUUACACCUUAAAUGUGACAUUUUUCUUGUGUUUUGUUGGCAAAAACCUUUGAAUGUUUUAAUGAUUUUCAAACUUUUAUGCUGGGGGUUACUGUGUGUUUAAACCAGUUCAAACAUAUUUUCAGCUGGUUCAAAUAUGUUUAUAUUCCAUUUUUCACCAUUUUAUUUAUAUAUAUAUAUAUAUAUAUAUAUAUAUAUAUAUAUAUAACUGUUUUGUGACAUGAAAUAAUUAAUGCCAUGAUUAUUUCCAGACUUGCUUGCAACCCUGAGUGUGUGUUUUGGGAUUUAAGCGGCAGUGACAGUUUGGGGAAAUGUCUCGACCCUCGUGCUUUGUGGUGCUGACAGAUUUGUUGCACUUGUUUCCUGCACAUAAAGGAAAGAGAGAAGUGUGUGUGUGUGUGAGAGAGGAUCAGGAGUAUUGUCAUCAGAACGGGCCUUGUAGAUUGAGAGAAGUACUGCUCAGAACAUUAACUACCACUAACCGUAUGAUCUGUAGCGUUUAACAUGAGUGUCCUACUAAUAUUGUAUGAAGGUUUUUGCUUAGCAAAUUUUAUUUUUCUUUUGUGUGUAUUUUUUUGUGCUGUAUUUUUCAAUAUUAAAAUACACAAAAUUGAUA